AUGCUAAUUAAGGUAUACGUCGCGGUGUUCGUCUGCUUCGCGGUGAAGGCGGUCCAUCUCGAAUUGGUAAGCAACCUUACUAGCGAGGCUUUCAUCGCUGCUCUUCGCCGUUUUAUAGCCCGAAGAGGCUUUUGCUCCAAUAUCUAUUCCGACAACGGGUCGAAUUUCGUGGGAGCUUACAACGAUCUGUGCGAGGUCCAGGACCUCUUAAAUUCACAGGAUCAUCAUGAUCGGAUUCAUUCAUUUUUGGCCGAACGCAACAUACAAUGGCAUUUCAUCCCACCGCAGACUCCUCACUUUGGAGGACUCUGGGAGGCGGCAGUGAAAUCAUUUAAAAAUCAUUUCAAACGCGUCGCGGGCUCCGCGCUUUUUACGUUCGAGGACAUGAACUCGCUGAUUAUUGAAAUCGAAGUUGUGCUGAAUUCGCGUCCUCUUACUCCUCUUUUUUCCGAUCCGAACGACUUCUUGGUCCUUCCUUCUGCGCACUUCCUCAUUGGCGCAUCUCUGACGAGCCUACCCGAGCGGGAUGUCAGAGACAUAAACACUAAUCGAUUGUCGAGUUGGCAGCACAUCCAGCAGAUGAAGCAGCAUUUCUGGACUCGAUGGCAUAAAGAGUAUCUGAACGAGUUCAACAGCUGUACCAAAUGGACCAAAGGAUCGCACCUCAUCAAGGAAGGCAUCGUGGUCCUGCUACGGGAGAUCAAUCUGCUAUCCAUGCAGUGGGCCUUAGGCAGAGUGAUAAAGGUUCAUCCCGGAUCCGACGGCAUCAUUCGUGCCGUAACAGUCAAGACUGCCACAACCACACUUGACCGGAGUAUCAAAAAAUUGGUGUCACUCCCAUUCCAGUCCAAGGACGACAACAUCCAGGAGCCUGCAUGUCAUGAAGAGAUCAUAGCUGAUCAUACAAUCACAUAA